UGCUUCUUGACGUCACAGCCGCGAAGCCGCACGUUCUUCUCUGUCUGCGCUUGCGCCGUUCUGGUGUCAAGACCACAGACUCGAGCAAAAUCUACGACUCACGAGCAGCAGUGAGGAGCCUCCCUCUUCCCCUGUCAGCACGGGACAUUUCAUAUGCAUUGGGUUUGUGAGUUCACUUGAUGUCAGCACCCUCAGGGGGUGGGAGGGUCUGCAAAAUCAAAACCCAAUAACGACAGUGACCUCAGUUGAAACCUUCAGCUAGCACCCACAUCUGUGAUCACCCUCAUGUUCCUGCAGAGCACCUAAUAGCUCAUUCUAAAAACUGUUGCAGAGCUAAAAGGAAGAGACAUAUUUCCAACAUGGAGGGCGUAGCAGUGGACAACCUAAUAGACUUUGACCUGCCCUCACAGGCCACAGCUCUUAGUAUAGAUGGAGGCCAACACCAAGGCCAUACAGACAUUUUCUCCCCAGAACAGGCAUCUUCCAUCGGAGUCCACCAGCAGCCCUUACUGCCGGAGCCCAUGGCACCAACAAAGCCCAGCUCUCAUCACCACCACCACCAAGAGGAAGGAGACAAUGACAGCGAUGUUACAGAGUCGGCAGACAGCGAGAACGAUAUGGACCCACCCUCUCAUAUGUGGGAGCUCAGGAGGUCUUCAUCUUCGUCCGCUCACAGUGGAGAAGACACUGAUGCUGAAACAGUGGAGAGGAGGCAGUUCAUGAAGGCUUAUGUGGAGAAGGUGUUUCAUGGAAAGGAGGACUUUGACCAGGAAGAGAAGGCUCGUUUUGGAGAGCUGUGCAGUGGAGAGAAUGGCAAAGGCAGGGAGUGGUUUGCCAAAUAUGUCAGCGCACAGCGCUGCCACUCUAAAUGUGUGAGUGAAGCCACCUUCUACAGACUGGUGCAGUCUUUUGCAGUUGUACUGUUUGAAUGUUACCAGAUGGAUGACUACAGCCCGGCCAAAAACCUUAUGACUAUGUGCUUCACAUAUUACUACAGUGGGAAGUCCCAGCCUUCUCCCUCAGAGCUGCUGGAUCGUGGUGGUCCUCCAGCUGCUCUGGACUCGUACCUCAACAAGGCCAACUCCUGGCUGUCUGGGAAGAAGGAUGCCGCCGAGCGCCUCCUUAAAAACACAUCUAAGACUGAUGUCAAAGGCUUCUUUGGAGGCCUAGAGAGCAAGCUGAGGAGCUCAAUGGCUCCCAAAACUGAGGAUGGUGAAAGCCCAGUUGAGACAGAACCCAUAUCACCAGUGUCUGAGGCCCCAGAGAAAAAGAAAGAAGAAAAGGUGUACCUGUACACUCACCUGAAGCAGCAACCCAUCUGGCAUACGCUAAGAUUUUGGAAUGCUGCAUUUUUUGAUGCCGUCCAUUGUGAGAGGAAGAAAAGAUCACCAACCACAAGAGGAACGCAGGAUGAAGAGAAAUACGAAAGGGAGAAGUGGUGUCAUAUGACCCAGGAGGAGAGGGACGACAGCUCCAAAAUCGAUGAGAACAUCGCCUUCGGCCAACUGGGGACAUUCACGCAUAACAUGCUGGCGUUUGGGCUCAGUAAGAAGCUCUGCAAUGACUUCCUGAAGAAGCAGGCCGUCAUUGGGAACCUGAAUGAAGAACAGUACAAGUUGCUGAGUGACCACAUAGAGAAAAUGGCGCCAGAGUGAGUGUGAGGACGACAGGCUGCAUUUCAAAGUCUCCACAUAACAGACUGACACCACACACACAUCAGCAAUUACUUUUCAACUCAAUGUCACAGUGACCGACUCUCCGUUUUCCUGUUGUUGCAUUUGUGUGGUGCACUGCUGGAAAACAACAUAACCUACUGUACUGAACUGUGCGAUAGUUGUAGCAAACCCUGUUUCCUUGGUAACCAUAUUUAUUACAUGUUAGUGAAACACAUCUAACAGCAUCUGGUGAAAACACUGUACUGAGUAUCGUCCUGCCUUGUUAUAUUUUACAUAAAUGUCUACAUACAGUUCAAACCAGACUUGGGUAUAAUAGUAUAUGGCAAUAAUAACUCAUAACUUUAAUCUUUUAUUAAAGGUUAUAUUCAGGUGGCAUCAAGUCAGUUUUCAGUCACAAAGUGAGUUAAAUUUAUUGCUGAAAACGUCUGUGAAACACUGUAGUAUCCUAUUUGGCAGUACACAAAAAAAUACAGCUUUGACAUAUGUAACAUGUAUCGCUGGCAUUUAAAAUGGCAGAAAUAUCCCUCCAUGCCUUCUCUUAAAGAAAUAGUUCGACAUUUUGAGAAAUACACUUAUUUGCUUUCUUGCAGAGUUAGACCAGAAGAUUUCUAUCACUCUGAUGUCUGUAUGUGAAGUAUGAGAAGUUGCGGAUUUUCGGGGUGUUGGUUGCGUGGUAAAACCGCAACUCGUUUCUACACUUCAGUAUUUGUACGGAUUAAACAAACAAGAUAUAACAUGUUAAUUAGUGAGCUUUAGAGGUGCUUGUAGGCGGAAAUUUUACCUUUUGGACAGGCUAGCUGUUUUCCUGUGCUUCCAAUCUUUAUGCUGAGCUAAGCUAACCAUCUGCUGGCGUUAGCUUCAUAUCAAACAGACAAUGGUAUCAAUCUUCUCGUUUAACUCUGGGCAAGAAAGAAAGCAGCAGUCUUCCUUCUGAGGACUAACUCAGAUAAAUGUUACUACCUAGUUCAACCCCAUUUUCGCCACUUUUAGUCUGGCACACAUUUACAAUCUAGUGGUAUUAAUUCAAUGUUUUUUUUUAACUAGACACUUUAUUAUACCCUUGGGAACAUUAGAGACUCCUUAACCAUCCAAAGUGCCUUCCAUGAAAGUUAAUGUCCUUGUCUUUAUCCUCUGAUGCUACCCUCGAUUGCCUGACCAAACACUAAUGCAGAGCCUGCAGAGAUCACUCUUUUACUCAUUCCCUGCUCGAUUAACAACUUCUGCACGCCAAUAAAAUUCAUUGCAUUGCUGUCUGUGUUUUCAAUGAUGGACCUAAGUAGUAGUUUAUUUUCCUUUGGUGGAGCUGUAAUGCCAACAGCAUAAAUAAGCACAUCACCUGGCUGAAACACUGGCCACACUUUCCUAUCCUGCUGUAUGUUUAUUUAUCUGCCAUGUGCAAACACCAUCAAGCCAAUGUAAAAUGAGUGACUGAACUGUGAAGUCCCUAAUUGUAUUACUUCAUCCUACCACUGUGGGGUAGCAUUGUGUCUUCAUUCAAAGCACUUCUCAAAGAGAGAUUCCUGAGUCCAAAAAAUCAUUCUUGGCUGUUCCAAGAAUGUAUCAAUGUGUGCUUUUUGAAUAAUGAAGUAUGGUUAUCUACAUAUGAAUGCCAGGAUGAUGCACCUUCUGACAGGUUGAAUCCCAUUUCAGAUUGCUAAUCUGUUUUAAUCUAUUAUGUCGAUGAAGUCAUAUUGUAAAUGCUGUACAUAUUUCUCUGUAUGAAGAAGAAUUGAUCAUGUGCUACGGUUUGUGAAUUGUGGGUCUUUAAUUGUAAAUGUAUAAACAGUAGAUGUAAUAGUGCAUUGUAUUUGCAUAUAGUGUUGUGCAAAAAUCUCCAAAGUAAAUGUAAAUCGUUCUUUCACAGCCGAGUGACAUGUUUUGAGCUACUUGCAGUAUGAUCAUACAAAUCAUAUAGACAACCUAGCAAACCUCCGUCCACUUUACACUGUUUUUAAUUGACUGACUUUAAUUGUCUCAAGUGUUCCUUUGCAUGUGCUCCAAAUCCAUUUCUAAACUUUUGAAACAUAUUCCUAGACUCUGUGCGGAAUGGCGAAACACCUUUGAUUCCCUACCAUUGUGUUUUUCCUGAUUUGACGAUGUUGCAACUUUAACGCUUUGUACACCCUUCUGGCUUGGUUGAAGUAUUGACCUGUAUAAUGUACUUGUUAGCGUAGAACAAGCCAUUUGCACUACAUUUAGUCUCAAUAUCUCUACACUCUCAUCUUCCUCUGAAUAAUGUUACGCUGAAGUCUUUUAUAUUUGUUCUGUAUGGCCAGUGCACGCUCUCUCUUUACAUCGAGCAUAUCUGUUGUGAAAUGUUGACAGUAGUUUGUCUUUUGUUGUCUGGAUUAAAAGACCAUUUUUAACCAUAUUGACUUUGUGUAAAUGAUCAACUUAAGUGAAAUUUAUCAAUAAAGUAGUACAUUAAGCUUU